AUGCCCCCCCACCAGCCACUGUUGAAUACUUGUUGCGCCCCCGUCGAAACCGCAAUCCGCCCCCAGCACAUGUGUCUUGGCAAAUUCGUUCAUACAUAUGGCCCAAUUUUCAUGCCUGCGCAGAAGGACUGGUUGAAAGAUCAUAUACCACAGUAUAUGCAGUGGCCUCCUACCUCAGAUGAGACGAUCACAUUAAUACAGACUAUGAUUAUCGAUUUCGACCGCAUGUGGCCACUUCACCAGAAAUUGUGGCCCAGGUCGAAUAUUCACAUUUUGCUGAGUGACAGCAUGCGUGCCAAAUUGAUGGCGGAGAUGCUGAUUCUUCAAGCAUCGCCAUUUCCCAAAUCCCAUGGAAGCCAUCCUCCAUUUCUUGGACGUCCGACCCUGCCGGCCUAUGGAGUAUAUAUUUGGGAUGUGGUACUCACUGAACUCACUAUCAUGACUCAGAAUUUGCCUUCCUCCAGUCGGACAGAUACCAUGUGUCUUUCCCUCGAUGAUCAGAAGGCACUGUCUCAGGCCUUAGACAUUGGCACGGACACGGGCACCGAUGGUGAUACAUCCAAUGAUAACAUCACUGUCAGAAUGGGCCUGGGCCCUGCCACUGGCAGCACCGAAACGGCAUUGGCCGCUCUUCCCGCUGUCUCUGAUGACCCCCCUGCUACAACCAUUGACAGUCUCAGGGAAGCUGCACCAGUUGCUUCUCCUGGCGCAGCUGCUGCCUCUAGUGCUGGCACUGCUCCUACUUCUGCCCCCGCUCCUACUUCUGCCCCCGCAACUGCACAUGCUGCUGCUCCCACUGUGGUUCCUGCAGGAAAUGUCACUGUCUAUGUCAAUUAUGAGGAAUAUGACUCCUCUGAUGACGAAGACGCAGCCACUGCAGCUGCCGCACUUGCGAACAAUUCCACAUUGAUUCAUUACCAUGAUACCUACUUCAAUGUCCCAGUUGACGCCACCCCACCGCUCUAUUAUGCUGGAGUGAGAUCAAUAUUCGUAGAGUUCAAUUUUGAAGGACGUCAUCACAAUAAGCUAUGUGCACAAAAAAAGGAGAUAUACAAGGGGGAGGAAGAUACUAGGCUGUGCAGUAAGCCUGCCACUGUAGGAAGGCCACGCUCAUAUUAUACGGCUGAGGAGAAGAUUGAAGCCACACACUGGUCCCAGAAAGCCUAUUAUGCUUGUAACCGUGAGGAGAUCCAUAUCAAAUGUUGGAACAAGUCAAAGUCAAAGGUCUUGGACAAUACCAGUAACCUCAAACCGGCACGCUCAGUGCGAGAUGCGAACAGAUGCAAAAAAAAAUACCUGCAGGUCCUUAUUGGGUUGUCAAGCACAGCAUUGGUUGAGGGCCUUUGUGAGCUCUUCAUAGCAAACCCGGAUAAGCCAGAUUCAUUGGAUGUCCUGCGGUUGGCUCACAAUGGGUUGGAAGACCUCCUGCUGCGUGCACAAACUUUAGAAAACAAUGUUCUUGAGGAAUGUGGGACAGGGCAGGACCUCAGUCGGGCACAUAGUUCUGUGUCUAAUACAUCAGCGACAAUCAGUGUGGAAAAGUCCAAAUGGAAAAUUGUAUUGCUGUUACCCAUUAACCUUGGCAUCAAACGUGACGGAACCAUAUUUACAAAGAUGGCACCACGUACAUGGCUGACGCAGGAGCAACUGGCCUUCAAUACAACUUUUGAGGACAAGUACCUCGAAUGCCAAAAGAAGGGGAACUAUACCACUUUUUGGCAGCCCUUCUUCGAACAAUGGGAAGAGCGAUGGCCCGCGAGGGCUUCCUUAUUAUUUUUUCGCCUGAUUGUCAAAUUCCGCAAUGAUUAUGGUAAUUCAAAGCCUGGCCGCAAGGCAGCUGCGGUGGGCAAUUUGGCUGUCCACAAACUUCUCUCCAAUAUCAUUAAAGGACCCACGACUGGUUGGAAACGUCCUCUCAAGGAAACUGAAGUCUACGCUAAAAAGCCAGUGUUAAAGAUGAGCUCGAUGCCAUCAAUGCUGCCCUACUAUGAGUUUGUUUCUCAUGUUUUCCCUGAAGCUGGGACUUCAAAUAAAACAGUUGCCCAGAGUCUUGAGGGUGAAGAUCUCCACAUUUCUGCCGCUCCAGAUGGUAUUCCCACAAACGACGAUUCUCCAACACCUACAACUGUAGCACCUGAUACAUUACAUGGUUCACACCCUGCAUCCUUACAGCCAGACUUGGUAUCUAACUUCCCUUCCACGCGCCUAGCGCAAGAAGAGAUGAACAUGCUCCUCUCCAUGACGGAGGGCUAUGUACCCUUCUGUCCACCACCACUAGCACCACUCACUCUAGACCCUAUGUCUGCCUCCACCACAUUUCUCAAUCUGGAUUCAAAUCUUGAGAGUUUUGACGAGGCUCUCAAAUCCAUGCAGUCCCAGAAAACCAACACGGGAAUGGUCUGUUCUCCUCCCCGCAUUCAUUAUAAGUUCGACAGUCUCGUUAAAUCAUCUUUACCCACGGUGACUGCCUCUACCACACCCACUUUGACUCCUUCCCCACCUUUUACCACGUCUGCCAUCACUCCUUGCACCACGCCGGUCGUCACACCUUACACCACACCUACUAUCACCCAUUCACCUGCAACUCCUUUUACCAUGCCUGCCAUCACUCCUUGUACCACGCCGGACAUCACACCUUGCAUUACACCGGUCGUCAUACCUUGCACCACACCUGCCAUCACCCAUUCACCUGCGGUCGGGUCUUCCACCACACCUGCUACCACACCCACGCCACUUGCACCCACAACUACCAUACCCGCUACCACACCCUCGCUAGCUGCACCCACAACUCUUGUAACACUGGGAACAACGCCUCCAGAGCUUAUUUUUGGGAUGGGAGCCGAUGCUCAAAACCCCAGCAAUGUUGUAGAUGAACGUCCAGCAAAGCAUCAGAAACGGGCUUCAUGCGCACGUGCAGGAGAGACAGAUCCACCACAGGCUGUCUCCUCUGGCCAAGGGAAAUGA